UCUCAGUUACUUCUCAGCAGACAGCAGUACACCUGCAGACUAAGAGCCAACUCCAACUCCAACGAGGAACAACAAGAACAUGGCUUCUUUGGGGCUUCAGAUUUUGGGCAUUAUCCUAUCAAUCAUCGGCUGGCUGGGCACUUUGGUUACCUGUGCGCUCCCCAUGUGGAAAGUGACUGCCUUCAUUGGUAACAAUAUUGUGGUGGCUCAGAUCAUCUGGGAAGGACUAUGGAUGAACUGUGUGGUGCAGAGCACUGGGCAGAUGCAGUGCAAAGUAUAUGAUUCCCUGCUGGCUCUUCCCCAGGACCUGCAGGCAGCUCGUGCUCUCAUUGUCAUCGCUAUCAUCGUGGCCCUUCUGGGGAUUAUGAUAUCAAUCAUCGGAGGCAAGUGCACCAACUGCGUGGAAGAUGAAUCUUCAAAGGCCAAAAUUAUGAUUGUGAGUGGCAUUAUCUUCAUUGUUGCUGGCAUUCUCGCCCUGAUCCCUGUCUCCUGGACUGCCAAUAACACCAUCCGAGACUUCUACAAUCCGCUGGUAACAGACGCGCAAAAGAGAGAGUUGGGAGCAUCAUUGUACAUUGGUUGGGCAGCUGCCGCUUUUCUUCUUCUUGGAGGUGCAAUGCUCUGCUGCAACUGCCCACCAAGGGAACAGAAAGCCUACUCUGCCAAGUACACAGCGGCACGCUCUGCACCAGCCAGUAACUACGUCUAAUGAGUUAUAGAAAGGAGAAGGACUGACAUGCUGUUUGCUUUCCCCAGUUAAAGAGCCAAGGACAAGAUGCCCUUGAACAUUAUUUGCCACCCUCAACAUAACUUUCUGUUAAUUAUGACAUUGGAAUGCAGUUUGGAACCACUACUGUGUGUCUGUCUAAACCUGUGAUGACCGGAGAGAGACUCUCUGAUGGCAAAUCUGCCAUAAACUUGCUUUGCAUCCUUGAGACAGCAGUAGCAGCACAUGCCUAGGCAAGAAAAAGUCUACAGCCCCACCCAGCAGAGGACGCUAUUCAUGCAAAGAGACCGCGAGAACAACCACUGGAAACUAGAAAAAAUGCCAUUGAAAUAUUGCACAGGAUUGCAAGAACUGCAUGAAUAGACGUUGAGACCACUUACGGUCAACAUGCAUCCCGUCAGGAGGCAGGAGGCAGGUCAAACUCAGGGAAAGCAGCGCACGCAUUGCAAAGGAUGGGGAGGGAGGGGUUGGGAGUCACCGAAAUUUACUUUUUUAAAUGCGAAAGCCAAUUGUAUACUAUUGUCAGGGGGAUGAUGGGAGCUUAGAGAUAUUUUAGUAAUGUGUGUUUGAAUUAUACAUAUGUUUAAGGAAACGUGCAGGAAAUGACCAUGUAACGUUUAACCAGAUUUUGUUGAGGGGUCCAUAGCAAUGUGUCAUAUGCACCGCGCAGGUGCUGUGUAAACCAAGCCACACACAACAUAUGCAUGAGUAAAGCUUUUCAUUAACACCUGCAGAAUUUCUCAGUUCAUUUACUUUUAGUGCUCAGAUGACUGCAGAAGGAUUCUAACACAAUGUGUUGCUUUCACCCUUUGGGUGGCAGUAGGAUGCAACACUUUGCUUUUACCUCUCUGGCACCUAAAGGGUUACACAAACCAUAUCUUCUUGGAUCCGGUUUUUGAUGUCUGAAUGUUAACAAAUCGCGAUUGCAAACCCUUUUAAAACUAGCCGAUAAAAUGAUCUAAUAUUCAGCAAUAUGAUUCAUCAGAAAAAAUCUGUUUGUGUUUAUUUUAAAUGUUUUUUAUAAGCAUUAUUUUUUGUUAAUGAAAAUCUGUUAAAAUCUGUUACUUUGUACAAUAAAAAAAACAUGUAACAUACAA